GAAUCCAUCAUCAAACCUGCCUUCUCUUCUUUAUUCCUAUAUUUAUUAUUAUACAAGAUUAGAUCAAUUUGUAUGCAUCUUUAGCAAUAGCAAUAUUGCAAUUUUUCUUACAGAGUUGUUCCAUUUUUUCUAUUUUAAUUAUAUUUCUUUCUUCCACCCUUCUUUCGCAGUUUUUCCGAUCCAUUCCGAUGGCCGGAGUUGCCCUUCUUCUUCAACCACAAGAUAUUCUCAAACAGCACGUUAGUUAUCGUCGACCUAUGAGAUCUCGGCGAAAUUCCACUUCUAAACCUCUACCUAACCCUAACCCUAACCCUAACCCUAAGAACAACAGAAGAAAGCGAAGUCCACAAAAUAAUGGAUCGCCUAACUUUUCGACUUCUCCCCCUACUACUAAAAAUAUCCAUCUGGUGAUGGGCGAGGUCAAGAUUCUGAAGCGCGGUGAAGUGUUGACCAAUAACGUCUCCUUGAAGGUAAAGGAAAACAAGCUUGCCGCUGGUGAUGCUGUUGAAGGUUUUGUGUUGUCCACUACAGAUCGGCUGGGUCCACAGCCGGAUAUGGUGCCCAAGAGGAUGGCGAUUGCUGAUUUCUAUGCAGGAUCGGCUUUCGUCUCCUCGCCGCCACCGAGCUCUUUGCCCGUGCCGGCUUUUUUCAAGAAGAGAAGUGAGGAUAACCACGACGCUACAAGUGACUUGAGGCGUCUUCUCAGGCUCGAUCUGUCAUGAACGGUGGAGUAGUUGAAUAGUUAUGGUGACGAUCCAACUUAGUAUAAAGUCUUUGAAUAAGAAGUUUGUGUUUUGCUCCUUGCUCGUGAAAGCUUCCCUUAUUUUUUCAAGGGGAAGGACGAGUUGGCAAAGCAAUUUGUUGAAUUUCCUUGUUUAGGUCCUUUAUUUUACCUUUUAUUAUAGCAGAAAAGUAGAUCUAGUAGCUAGGUUGUUGUUUUUGGUUGUAUUAUAAAGUAGUAACUGUAUAGCCUAGUCCCAAGUUUGGGCCUUUCAUUUUAAGCAUCUAUUGUUCUUAUCGCCUGCUAUAGGAUUGUUUGUAGGGUCAAUAGGUCUAUUUUCAGUCGGGUAGUGGCUUAGAGCCAUUAACAUAUCCUUCUGUAAUUUAUUUCUCUUUGAUUUUAUAUGUAUCUCCCCUUGUUCAUGUUUUAUGAAGCAGUAAUUAGAAAGAUUAUUACUUUGUGUGUCA